UAGGAAACUAAAACUAACAAGUACAUAUACAGAGGUCUCUGCUGAAGGACUCCGCUGAGCAGACGGAACAUAUUCAAGCCCUAUCUUCCAUGUUACCUGGUCCUGAGUUCUCCAGGAUGCAACCAUGGACUCCCCUUCCAGGAUCCAGCCAUCUCAACGCUGAGCCCUUGACUGAACACAAGCUGAGCAGGCUGAGCUGAAGAUCCCUCUCAUUUGCCAGAUGCCAAGGACAAUGAAUAACCAGGGCAAUAAAAGGACAACAAAAGAAGGAUUCGGUGAUUUGAGAUUCCAGAACUUCUCUCUGCUGAAAAAUAGGUCAUGGCCACGCCUCAGCAGUACCAAAGGCCGGUGUCGAGCAGUUCUCGAGCCUCUUCCUGAUCAUAGAAGGAACUUGGCUGCAGCCGUGGAUGGAGAGAAAUGCCACAGUGACGAUGACUAUGAAGACCCUGAGCUCCAGCUGCUAAAGGCAUGGCCGUCGAUGAAAAUUUUACCAGCCAGACCUAUACAGGAAUCAGAAUAUGCAGAUACACGCUAUUUCAAGGAUCUGAUGGAGGCUCCCCUUCUGUUACCUCCCAAGGCUUCUGGCCCCACUGGGAAGCAAACCCAGAAUGGAGGGAUGAGGCGACAGGAAGAAGCCUUUUAUAGGGACAAGCCCAUCUCCAAGGAUGUCAGAAGCCAACACUAUCAAGGAUCCAGGUACUCAGGGGUGAACAAGAUUCCUGUGCCGCCUCCUCGGCCUGCCAUCACCCUCCCCAAGAAGUAUCAGCCCUUACCUCCAGUACCACCAGAGAUCAGUGCAUACUUCCCUCCGAGACAUGCCUUUCCAGAAGUCCAGAAGGGGCUCAGGCAGAUCAGCUCAAAAGACUUCAGUGAGGUCCUUGGAGCAGAAGAAGGAUCUCAUCACCGGGCAAAGCCAAGACCUUCUCACCCAUCACAACACCAAAACACUCAGAAGAGUCCACCUGCCAACACCAGCUUCCCCUACAUGCCAGCAAAGCACAGUGUACAUGUCAGAGACCAUACAGGCACCAUGCAACGCCGUCCUCCUCAGAGAUGCCAAGCUGCAGCCAGUCACAGCACACAUGAUUGUGUGCUGCCCUACGAAAACACAAACUCGGAGAAACCUGGCCUCACCAAGCUUGAUGAGAAGGAUGUCCGGCAGAAUGAAUGGUACAUCGGAGAAUACAGUCGCCAGGCAGUAGAAGAGGUGCUAAUGAGAGAGAACAAGGAUGGUACUUUUUUGGUCCGAGAUUGUUCCACAAAAUCCGAGGCAGAGCCCUAUGUUUUGAUGGUUUUUUAUGGGAACAAAGUCUACAACGUGAAAAUUCGUUUCCUGGAGAGCAAUCAGCAGUUCGCCCUGGGGACAGGACUCAGAGGAAAUGAGAUGUUUGAUUCUGUGGAAGACAUCAUCGAACACUACACGUACUUUCCCAUUGUGCUAAUUGAUGGGAAGGACAAGGCCGGUGAGCACAGGGUACAGUGCUACCUCACCCAGCCACUGCCUCUCGGCAGGCACUUCCUGACUCGGUACUCUAGCCAGGCACUUCAUGAGUAAGCAGCCCAGCCAGGCAUUCCCACACCAGCAGCCCGGACCUUGACUCAUCCUCCACUCAAUGCUUCUGGCAUCUGCAUCUAUCUCAAAUCAUACUGCUGUGUCUUCAAGGGAUGACUUUUCUGACUCUGUGAAAAAGAAAAAUAUCCUGUAAUGGAACUUGAGAGCUCAAUUAUGGCUUGAAAGCUUUGUCAUAGAAGAAAUAUUUGCAACCCACACACACAAAAAAAUCAAGCCUAGGUUUGAAAAAAGUUUUCUAAGCUACAGACACUGUUAUCAUACAUUAGCGAUGCAUCAAGGUCUGACAGCUUCAAUGUUUGCAGUUGGUGUGAGAUCCCCAAACUGCUACUCAGCUAUCAGGCUGACCUUAUUUCAAAGCCUUUUGUACUAAGAUGCUAAUUUUUUGGAUGGUCCCAUGUGCUGAGGUGAAUGUUAGUUAGCUCUAUUUAUAUGUAAUCCUAGAAAUUCAAAUACAGGGAAGAGAUGUGGUGUGAGAGGGGAAAAGCCCUUGUGAAUACCAGCAUGAAGAAGGAGAGAAGAAAGAUGUGAACUGUGACGUGAAAUGGCCACAGGCCCUGACUUCUGCCUGCUCUAUGAACAGUGACUUCAGUGGAACUAUCAGAUCCAUAGCAAGGAAUCCAUAGCUCAUCCCAACAAUAAAGCAAGCAUUCAUAUGA